ACUGUAUAUGCAAAUUAGAAUAUACCCUGUUAUUUGCUGGCCAGUGCUAAUUCAUAACAUUUUUGAAAGGCUGUUGCACUCUGAUAUUUACGGUAAUAAAUAAACUUAACGAGAUGAACUGAAGAGCGAUGGCAGGGGCUUCAAGACUUCACAGCAGAAACACUACAAGGACUAUUGUCGCUAGGAAAUAUCCCGCCCUAACAGGAGUCGUUCGAGCCUGUGUAGGGACCUGAUAAGAACUUUUUUUUCUUCUUUUUUUUUAAACAGAAAAGCAGGUUGAUGUUUUUUUAAUUCAAAUUUUACUUACAUAUUUCAAGUUUUGGGAUCCUUAUUAUUCACCCGCACAGUAGGUGGCGGAAUCCACAUCACAUUGUUGCGAACGCCAUUAUACCACAGAAGAAGAAGAACAAUUGCGCGUAUCUCCCGCUUCACUACAUUGUUGUCAUUUAUCAACAUAUACGGCUUGUUUUUUGCACGUUAUCUUGGAAAUUGAAUAAUAUUUACUUCACACAAGGAAUACGCAUCUGUAAUUUGGGCUGGACAAGAUGGCGAGCUGCAAUUUUCAGGCGCAGUUGGUAUCGGUUAUGGAGGUAUUGGCUAAAGCAGCAGUAGCAGAAAUAAACAAACGUGUAGAUGAUAGCUGUGCUGUUAUACGUUUGGAAAUGACCCAAAGCCAGCGAGAUAUUGAUGUACUGAAAAGGAAGUGGCAAAUGAUGGAGAGCGAGCUGGAGAAGACGCGUAGACGAAAAGGUUUUUACCCCGUGGCUUCAGAGAGAUCUUCAUAUCCAGUCAAGAUUGUUUUGAAAAAACAGAGGAGUAACUCACAGUGCAGAGACGAAGAGCUGGCUGUUGAAGAGGACUCUCAACCCCAGCCUACAGAUGUGGAGCAGAGAGUGGAGACUGAACCCAUACUGAUCAAAGAUGAGGAGACAGCAGAGGACGUGUGGAAGACUGACCCUCAGGAAGGGCUCAGGAUCACUGGAGAGGAGUCUGGUUCCAAGCCUGGGAAACCACCAUCCUUUGAGCAAAGGCACUGUGAUGAGGACUUCAUCACACAACCCAGCAUAUCUCCCAGAGACUCAGUGGAACAUUACCCCAAUUCUGAUCGUCCAGAGGAACCCCGGCUCGCAUCUACAGAGGUGUUCAGUACAGAGCAGCACCGGCCGGACGAGGUCUCACUAGACCUAGUGAUGGUGAAAGAGGAGGAGCUGGAUCAGACCACAGCCCUGGCAGGACCUGACCAGUUUGUCAUGGAUGAGACUGAUGGGCAGCUGUGGACCUCUGUGGGUCCAGGCAGAAACACUGACCCUGAUGGUCACCCAGAUUUCUCCUUUCAUUCCACAGAAGAGUACUCUCAGAAUAUCUCAAUGGUCCCAUCUCAUAGUGGGCUGCCAGCUGUUCCUACUAUGACAGAUGAUGUAGGGCCAUCGCUUCACUCUUCUAUAUGGAAACCACAUGCUAAAAUGUUCAGUGCAUCAGCACACAUGAAAAGACAUGUCAGGACAUUGGCUGAUGAGACUAGACAACAGAUGCCAGAGGGACAGGGCAGUGAGAUGCUGAACUCAAGUAAUGAAGGAAAUAGUUUAGCUCUACAGCCAAGACUGCAUCAAUACAGGGCUUCAGAAGCAACAGUGAGAUUGAGUGAGUGCAUGACAGGGUCAAACAUGGCCACCACCUCCACCUUCUCUGGAUACAGCCUGAGUCACAGUAGUUUUAACAUGGUGAAGAGAAUGAGGAGUCAGUGGAGAUCAGGUGGCACCACCGAGAGACGCUUCAGCUGCACCUUCUGUGGUAAGAGCUUCCAGCGUCUCUGUCAGCUCAAAGAACACCUCCGGAGUCACACCGGAGAGAAACCGUACACCUGUGAACAGUGUGGCAGGAGUUUUACCAAGCAGUGCAACCUGAUCAGACAUGCUAUGGUCCACAGUGGGGAGAAACCGUAUGAGUGCACACAGUGUGGGAAAUGCUUCACCCGGCGCUCCAAAAUGACGUCACAUCAGAGAACUCACAUAGCAGAGAAUGCAGUGUCUCAAUACAUGGUACCCGCAUACCCUGGGGAUCCACACACAAGUUUAAUGUAGUCUCAGAACAGAUGGAACAAAUAGAAACUUAAUUGCAUUAUUUUUCGCUAAUACUUUCUAUGUGAAAUUGUGGCACAGAAGGUAUUUUGAGAUGUUUUGACAAGUUUUUCCUCCGAAUUGAUAUGUGAAUGUUUUCAUGUUCCACUGAUGGCCCAUCACUUUCAUUAUAACAACUUAUUUACAACUGGUAACAAUGUGUGUUUGUACCACAAAAUCAUAAAAACAACGUCAUAUAAUAAAUAAUCAUAUUGAUUUCAUGAGAGUCAAUCUGCACUUUUAGAUGAAUGAUAAUACAUGGGACAAUUUUAUAUAGCGCUUCUCAGUGACCCAAAGUCGAUUUAGAAUUGUAGAAACU